AGGUUUGCCAAUUUGAAUAGCCGAAAACGGCUUCUAAGAAAACCUUCUUCCUCCUCCUCUCUUCCGCUUUCGUCUCUAUCUCAUCCUUAGACUGUAACUUCAAUGGCGGUUUCUUCUAGAAAAUCGAGUGGGCCGGUUCUGAGGUCUCUCUCACCUUCUGGGAGAUUCUAUGGCUCCUAUUCUUCUUCUAUGUCCUCUGGCUCAUCGGCUUUUGCGUCUUCUACAUCAAGCUUUUCCACCAGAAACCCUACGUUUUUCCGUAGAUCUGUGUCUCCUUCUCGUAUUAAUCUUCAACCUUCUUCUUCUCCGUCGGCGUCGUCCGUGAGAUUUUCAUUGGACCGGUCUAUUUCUCCGAAUCGGCCGAUUUCUGUUUCGACUCGUAUCAGUGGGAAUCAAGUAGUGAAGAGGCAGAGCAACCAGAAGAGGACCUGCAUGUGCUCACCGACUACGCAUCCUGGUUCGUUCAGAUGUAGUCUCCAUAAAGGCGUUCCGUCACAGCCUUCGACUCCUUACUCGUCUAAUCGGCUCAACGCGCGGAGAUCGGCGAUGACGAACUCUCUUGUCAGAAUCGGAGGAGUUGAAGGCGAUUUAGUGAAGCGUGCCUUGGCGUCCCUCAUCCGGCCUUCGUCUCAUAGUCAAAGGCGCCGAGCGGAUUUCUGUCCGAGACCGAGCCGGCUUUCGAACAUGUCGAAAGCCGAUGAUUUGUGAUGGAGAUUUUGGUACGUUGGCGAAUAUCCUCUGGUUUAUUAAUCUGUUUUCCUCUUCUGAGUUCCCGUCAACGAAGACGGGAGAUUCCGACCACUGGUUCGACGGCAGUUACCGAUCGUAGCGAAAGGAUACGGAAUCGGAGGCGAAGCAUGGGAAUCAUAUCUGGUUGCCUCUCCAGUAAACCUUUCUGCCGGGAGUUGGACUAGAGAACCUAUAUAACUUUGUGUAUAUGCAGCAUAUAUAAAUAUAUGGAAGACAUAUAUAGUUGCCGCGACAUUGAUAACAAUUCGUGGAGCUUCUGGACACUAAUUUUUCACCAAUUUCAAAAUUUAACAGUCAAUUCAUUCCUAAAUGCUCUGGUCUCGAACUAAUUUCAAAUGGAACGAUAAAAUUAAUUUCGUCUGCCAA